AUGGCUUCUGGGCGGGUCACAGCCUUUGCAAACACGUUUCUUGUCGCCAAUCACGAGCAUGGUGGGCCGGCUCUCAAGGUCGUGGGACCGCAGGAGACUCGGAAGAAGCGGCCGCAUCGGUGCGACGAGGGAGAUCCGUGCAGGAACUGCGUCAAGCGAAAGGAGACAUGCGUCCGCCUCAGCCCGGCAUCGCCCAACCGGGGGACACGAGACACGCCGCCGAUGACCUCUCCGCCGCCCGAGGUGGCCUGGUGCCCGCUCUCCGAGCCCGAGUGCCGCCCCAUCAAUCUGCUGCAUAUGGAACUGCUGCACCACUUUGAGCGGUAUAGCAUCCCCACGCUGCCGUUCCAGGAGGUGUGGCCGAGGAUGCUGCAGCUCGCCUUCCAGGCCCGGCAGCACACGUACCUGGUGAACGCGAUGCUGGCCUUCGCGGCGGCGCACCUCGACUACCUGCACGGGGCGCACGCGCAGUACCACCGGGCCAAGUACGCGCUGCUGGACAAGGCGCUGCACGACUACCGGGGGUCGCUGUCGGAGCCCAUCACGCCGGCCAACUGCGACGCCCUGCUGGGGACCGCCAACCUGAUCCAGUACCUGAUGUGGUGCGAUCUCAGUUUCAUGGAGGGUCAGCAGCAGGAGCAGCAGCAGCAGCAGCAGCAGCAGCAGCAGGACGACUCCAUACCGGCCUUGAACCAACACCCGCACUCCGACCGCCACCCCCGAUCUCAUCACAACUCCCAUCACCCCUCCCCCCAACCUCCCACCUCCCCAGCCCCAUUCACAACCACCCCCCCUAUUACAGCCACAACCACCCUCCCCCCACUCUUCUCCUCGACCACCCUUCCCCCCUUCUCCCCAACCCCCCUUUUCUCCCCAACCCCCCCAAUCCCCCCCAAAGCCCCAGAAAAACCCCUCGACCUCUCCACCGACAGGCUCUACUUCCUCUCCACGGGCGUCCGCCAAAUCUUCUUCAUGGCCUGGCCGCUCUUCCAGUCCCGCCAGUCCGCCUUCACCCGCGCGGGGCUGCUCCAGCCGUGUGUGGCGCUGGAGGAUGCCGUCGACGCGCGCGGCCUGAACUGGAGAAGGGGGGUGAGGGCGUUUAUGGGGGUUUAUGAUAAUGGAAAUGGUAUGGGCAUGGACAUGGGUAUGGGCGCCAGCGGUGACCCGACCUCCUACCCGACCUCCUACCUGGAGGGCCUCCGCAACACCAGCCUGUCGCCAACGGACGAAUCGCCGUACAGGAUCAUGACACUAUGGCAGAGUCACAAGGAAGGGGAUGCCUACUUGGAAAACGCCGGGGCCCAUGACGAGGCGCUGGUGAGGGCGGCGUACAAAAGGCUGGCUACGAGGGUUUCGGUUGCUCUGGCGUUCGUGAUGGAUGGUGGGAAUCGCGGGGGGCCGGCGUCUAAAACAGGGGGGUACGGGGCCGGCGGUCACUGUUCCACGGAUGUGAAGAGCAGUGACCUGGUGCGGUAUGUGACGACCUUCCCUAUGAUGUGUUUCGGCCCGCUGUUGGCCAUGAUUUCGAGCGGGGAUUCGCGCAUGCUGGUUCUGUUGUUUCAUAUCUAUCGCGUUACAGGCGCCUUGUUGACAGACGACACAUAUUGGUGGUGUAAAAAACGGGUGGAAGUAAUGGGGGAGGCCAUAGGACGUGAGCUACGCAGCCGGGGGUUGGAGGUCUGCUUGCGACGGCAGGGCGAGUUUAUCUAG